CUAGUGUCUGAAGUUUAGAGUAAUUCCGCGGCCAUUUUGUGUGAGUGAAAACCCGACAAUUUGGCUGUAAAUUCAUCUCUUUUACGAAUUAAUGAGGAAAAAACGAGAGCGGUAUACCUAGCUAAAUGAUUUUAUAUAUAUCAAUGAUUCGAGCGGUGGAGAAAAAAUAAGGAUCCAGUGGAAUCUCAGCUGGUUCAAGACGUUAUAAUUUUAAUUAUACCCAAGGGACAAUAAAGAGCUGAGCCUAUGAUUUGAAGAAGGCUGUUUGCAGAUCUAUGGGAGUCGGAUGAACAGUGCACACAAUUACAGGUCACGAUGAGCAUUAGCAGCGAUGAAGUCAACUUUCUUGUGUAUAGAUAUCUCCAGGAGUCAGGUUUUUCACAUUCUGCAUUCACAUUUGGUAUAGAGAGUCACAUUAGCCAAUCCAACAUAAACGGGGCCUUAGUCCCGCCCGCAGCACUUAUCUCAAUCAUACAGAAAGGCUUGCAAUAUGUAGAGGCAGAAGUCAGUAUAAAUGAGGAUGGUACAGUUGUAGACAGUAGAGCGUUAGAUUCGCUGUCCCUCAUCGAUGCAGUCAUGCCUGAUGUCAUCUCCUCAAGGAAGUCAGAACUCAGACAGGUAGCAGCGAACGGUCAGAACAAUUGUAAAGUAGAGGGAACAAAUGGGGAUGACCCACCAGUUACGUUAAUUCAAUCAAAUCACUCAGAGGCCAUGGAAAUCGAUGGUGGCAUCGAGAUUCCGCCAAGCAAAGCAACCGUUCUUAGAGGCCAUGAAUCAGAAGUCUUCAGUUGUGCAUGGAAUCCAUGUAGAGAUCUCCUUGCAUCAGGGUCUGGCGACUCAACUGCAAGGAUAUGGAACCUAAACGAAGGUCAAAAUUCAUCACAACAUCAGCUUGUUCUCAGGCAUUGCAUCAGAGAAGGUGGCCAAGAUGUCCCCAGUAACAAAGAUGUCACCUCGUUAGACUGGAAUUGUGAUGGUAGUUUAUUAGCGACAGGCUCCUACGACGGCUAUGCAAGAAUCUGGUCAACGGAAGGCCGGCUGGUCAGCACGUUAGGCCAGCACAAGGGCCCCAUCUUUGCGCUGAAAUGGAACAAAGAGGGCAACUACAUUCUCAGUGCGGGGGUGGACAAGACGACCAUCAUAUGGGAUGCACAGACAGGGGAAUGCAAGCAACAGUUUCCUUUCCAUGUUGCACCGGCAUUAGACGUUGACUGGCAAACCAACACAAGCUUUGCAUCUUGUUCCACGGACCAGAGUAUACAUGUGUGUAAACUGCGCAGUGAUAAACCAAUCAAGACAUUCCAAGGCCAUUCUAAUGAGGUGAACGCUAUUAAGUGGGAUCCAUCAGGUCAGAUGUUAGCUUCCUGUUCAGAUGAUAUGACACUCAAGAUAUGGUCCAUGAAUCAAGAUACGUGUGUACAUGACCUCCAAGCGCACAGCAAAGAGAUUUAUACUAUCAAAUGGAGCCCUAAAAAUCCCAAUACACCUCUUAUGUUAGCAAGUGCAUCGUUUGACUCGACGGUUCGACUAUGGGACGUCGAGAGGGGUAUCUGUAUCCACACACUGACCAAACACCAAGAGCCUGUCUACAGCGUAGCUUUCAGUCCAUCGGGGAAAUAUCUAGCCAGUGGCUCCUUUGACAAAUGUGUACAUAUAUGGUCGACGCAGACUGGGAGUCUUGUGCAUAGUUAUAGAGGGACCGGAGGAAUAUUUGAAGUUUGUUGGAACCAUACAGGAGAUAAAGUAGGAGCUAGUGCGUCAGACGGAUCGGUGUUCGUUUUGGACUUAAGAAAAUGAGAAGACGGCAUGUAGAUUAGUCAGGAAUUCCUUUUUCUAUAAUUGUACAGAGAGGAAGAGAGAAAGUGUGUGAGAAAGAGAGAGAGAGAGAGUGAUAGAAUGCGUGUGUUUUUGUGCACUGGUAACAGGUAAGAGAUAGAGAGAGCUAGCCGAAGAGAGGUAGGAGGAGAGAGAGAGGUAGAAAAAGAGAUGGAGAGAGAGAGAAGAUCAGAUAACGGACUCAUGGACAACACGUUUGUAGAUGGUUACCAAGAUGACAAUUGAUUAAUGAUGAAAAAUACAUGCUGCUCUUUCCGAGAGAAGGACCGAGUGAUGACGAUGAGUUGUGCUAGCCCAGAAAAGACGCAUGAAUUCAACAGCUUGUGAAUGUUUAUGGAGAUGUUUCAAUACGAAGUGGUUUUAGUAGCAUGGUUUGGGAUGUGUUAACAGCUCUUUCAGUCUCAAUCCAUUCAGCUUAAAUGAGGUUACCGGUAUUUCUGGACGAAAAUGUUUACCGGCCAUGUUUUAUAGCCAAUUUGAUGUUGGAGUGUUGCUCUGGAUGCCUUAUUAUCUUGGUCGUUUCCAAUUCAUACAGUCUUGUGAGUUGAGCAUUUUCUAGAGUUUUUGAUGAGUGUGAAAGGGGUCUUAAUUCUAGGCCAAUGCGAUGUUCAAGUAAGGUAUAGGGCACGUCAAAACCUCUCUCAUUUAUUCUGGCACUCUUGUGAACUGAGAUUGCUCUAGAGUUUUGACAAGUGUGAAAGGGGUCUUAAUUCUCGGCUAAUAUAUUACAGUAAGGUUUAGGGCAUGUUAAAACCUCUCUCAUUUGCAAUUCAUACCCCAUGAGGGAUGGGUUUUUCACCCCAGUUAUGAUGAAUGUGAAAGGGUCUUUUCUGGGCCAGCGUGUCUGUGGAAUAUAGUCAAGAACUUUGCGAAAGUGUUAUGGUGUAGUGGUUGAAACUCUCUUUUCAAUCAGAGGGUCACAAAUCCUAAUCCCUCUUCGCACUGUUCAUUUUCAUUCCGCAAGGAUAUUGUCCUCGCUCAACCUUGGUGAGGUACACGGUUACUUUGUAAGUUUUAUUCAUUGAAUGCACAAAGUGUAAAAGUUUCUCAAUAUAAUAAUGAAAGCUGGGUCAAUUUAAUAUGUCACUUUUUGCCUGAGGGUACAAAGUGCUGAUUGAUAAUGUAAAGCUGGGGUUAUAACGUCUAGAGUCCAUACAUUAUUUAGAGACUAUCUUGCAUGUGCUCAUGCGCUGUACAAGAAUGGCAUGGUAUGAAAAUGAUAACUUCUCGCAUUCUCACUUUAUCCAUUGAUGAAUUAACAAAAUUUCCAUUAAUUACAGUGAAUGUUAUCCUAGUAUUAAUCAUGUCAGCAUCAAAUUCAUCAUUAUUGGGAUCAUUUGGACCCCAAACCAUUCAUCAUUUUGGUCUGCCAUUAUUUGUGUGAUUGCCAAACACUUCAAAAUGUUUUGCCCUAAAGUCCUGUACAUUUACAAGUACUGCUUUUCCACCCUUUGGUUUUGUAAUGAUUGUAUGUUGGGCAAAACAGGUCACUUUGCUUGGUGGCUUGGUGGGAAAGGUCAAAUUUUCAAAACAAGCUUCUCCAAUUUUGGAAGAGUGGAGGUAUUAACUCCCCUCCCCUCCACAAUAGUUUAGUGGUAUUUGGUCUACACCCACUUCGUCUAAUUUUUGUUUGGUCUAAUCUCACAUGGUCUAAUCCUAGUUAUUCUACAACCAUUUUGUCUACUAACCAUUUGGUCUAAUUGCCAUUUAGAACUUUCACAAUUUGUCUUAAUUCCAGCUGGGCUAUUCCCAUUUUGUCUAACUAUACAUUUGGUCUAAGUCCGUUUAGUCUAUGUGGCUAGAUGAACUAUUAAUGAACCAAAUUUUCAUUUGACAAAGUUUGAAAUGAUAAGACUGUAAUGGCAAAUUAUGGCAGAACAGCUGGGAAUUAGACUAAAUGAAAAUUAGCCUAGGUGGGUUUUAGACCAAGUGCAGUAUAGACAAAAAGGCAUUUUAACACAAUUGACAGGAGGGCAAAUGGGUUUAACCCAUGUG